GCGGGACGCGGCCUCGGCGGGGCCCGGGCCGGACGGCUGCGGACAGCCAGGCGCCGGCGAGCCGAGCGCCGCCGCCUCCGGCAUGGAUCAGUGCGUGACGGUGGAGCGCGAGCUGGAGAAGGUGCUGCACAAGUUCUCCGGCUACGGGCAGCUGUGCGAGCGCGGCCUGGAGGAGCUCAUCGACUACACGGGUGGCCUCAAGCACGAGAUCCUGCAGAGCCACGGCCAAGAUGCUGAAUUAUCAGGGACACUUUCACUUGUUUUGACGCAGUGCUGUAAGAGAAUAAAGGAUACUGUUCAAAAGCUGGCCUCGGACCACAAAGACAUCCACAGCAGUGUUUCUCGGGUUGGAAAAGCCAUCGAUAAGAAUUUUGAUUCUGACAUUAGCAGUGUGGGAAUAGAUGGCUGCUGGCAGGCAGACAGCCAAAGGCUUCUCAAUGAGGUGAUGGUGGAGCACUUCUUCCGCCAGGGGAUGCUGGACGUAGCGGAGGAGCUCUGCCAGGAAUCUGGUCUUUCUGUAGACCCAAGUCAGAAAGAACCAUUUGUGGAGUUAAAUCGAAUAUUAGAAGCAUUAAAAGUCAGAGUGCUGAGGCCUGCUCUGGAGUGGGCAGUAUCAAACCGUGAAAUGCUCAUAGCCCAAAACAGCUCCUUGGAGUUUAAGCUGCACCGACUGUACUUCAUUAGCUUAUUAAUGGGUGGAACUACCAAUCAGCGAGAGGCAUUGCAGUAUGCCAAGAAUUUCCAGCCAUUUGCCCUAAAUCAUCAAAAAGACAUUCAGGUUUUGAUGGGAAGCCUUGUGUACCUGAGACAAGGGAUCGAGAACUCGCCGUACGUUCAUCUGCUUGAUGCAAACCAGUGGGCUGACAUCUGUGACAUCUUCACACGGGAUGCCUGUGCCCUCCUGGGGCUCUCCGUGGAGUCCCCUCUCAGUGUCAGUUUCUCAGCAGGUUGUGUGGCGCUGCCAGCUCUAAUUAACAUCAAAGCCGUGAUCGAACAGAGGCAGUGCACUGGAGUUUGGAACCAGAAGGACGAAUUACCUAUUGAAGUGGACCUUGGUAAAAAGUGCUGGUAUCACUCUAUUUUUGCCUGUCCCAUUCUUCGUCAGCAAACAACAGAUAACAAUCCACCCAUGAAACUGGUCUGUGGUCACAUUAUAUCAAGAGAUGCCCUGAAUAAAAUGUUUAAUGGUAGCAAGUUAAAAUGUCCAUAUUGUCCAAUGGAGCAAAGUCCGGGAGAUGCCAAACAGAUAUUUUUCUGAAGAAGUAAUUUUAAUUUGCAAUUUGUAAGUGAAACUGAGUUGUGGGUGCAUUUCAGAAGAGAACGUUCCAUUUAUCGCAGCUAACCAAGGACUCCAUGUUGAUAUAAGCUAAAGCUCCAGAGUCGUUGCCAACACUUAGUGUGUGCACACCGGGGCAGUGCUCCCGGUGGAUGCUAGCAUAGGGCUUUAUUAUAUUCUUGGUCUUCAUUUCUGAUCAAGUAAAUACACCAGCAGUUGUCAUUCAAGGCAGGUUUUUGUACUUAAUUAUAUGGUGAUUUUUUUACUUUUUAAGAGCAGAAACAGAAAUUGACCUUCCCACCAUGUGUGGAAUAUUUCCCUUGCUUUCACUUUGGUCAUUUUCUUGAUAAUUGUAAGCCUUGAGAGAGUUUGUGGAAACACUUUAUUUCCUGAUAUGUAUAUGUAACUAAAUGAAAAUUAUUCUGAAAAAGUUUGAUCAAUGGAAUUGUGGAUAUAAAACUAAUUUGCAUUUUUUUUUGCUUAAGGAAGAAAGCUGUGAUAGAUUCCAAAUUUGCUUUUUGAUGUUUUCCUCUGCUCCAGCUCUCACCACGAAGUCCGCACACCUGCAGUUGAGCUCUGCAGCCCCGCAGGCUGCCUGUUUACAGUUCCAUCAUGGAUUUGGCAGGCUGGUGUGAGAAGUCUUCCACUAGAACACAGUGGAAGGAGUAUUAUGGGUUUGUUUUUUUGUUUUUUUUUUUUUUUUUUGGUGUAUUUUUUUUUUUUUGCUUUUAUUGCCAAGAGGUGCUUGUUUUAAAAGUGUGUUCAAUAAAAUGAAAUUCUCGAGUUAGAAGUGUUCUUCAGUUGAUACACGCUCUCUUGGUCUUGGUCGCCCUGCUCGCUGAAAUCUGCCUCCGGGACGUGGCUGGCUGUGGCCAUCUUGUCUGUCGUUGCAGACACAGUGUUGUGCGUGUGUGGAUACACGUGUGUGCACCAGCAUCGAGCAUCGUGCAUCUGGAAGGGAAGCAGUGUGUUCGGGCCUGACGUGCAGUUAGCAGAGCCAUCGCUCUGCGUCCCUCAAGUUUAGCGGCUUGCAGAUUGUCAGUAGGGCUUAUCUGUUUAUUGCCACUUUUGUAUCUGAAUAGCUUCCUGUCCGAUGCGUCUCUCCUGCCUAGCGUAUCAUCUCAUUGACUGUGAAUCUGUGUAGUAUUCUCGUGGGUUCAGAUAAUGAACUUUUUCCUCUUGCGAGGGAUGCUCAUUUAAUGCACUGUCCAGAAAUAGCCGUGUGUACGAAUCCUUCUCUGUACGAUAAACUGCACGGAGAAGACUUCUGUGGACUUAAUUCUGACUCGAACUCGCGAAACUGCUUCGUUGUGAAAGAAUGUUACAUGGGAAUCACCAAGUGUGUUGCAGCUUGACUUCACCUGCCACGGAGCUGACCAUCAAGACACGGAGAAAACGAAGCCGGAAGAAAACACAGAACAAAGAGAAAUGUGGUGCUUCCCACUCUGGACCACAGAGGGGCUGACUCUGAGGGAGAGCGAACAGAUGCGGGGCUCGGCUGGCAGCCGGGCGGCGGCAUUUGCGGUGGUCCCCGAGCCUGGGUGGUGCAGCCUGCAGCUUCCCUGGGAGAGCGGGGACUUCUGGAGAGCGCUGCCUGGGGCCGUGUGCUGUGUAGGGCAGCCCACCGUCCCCACUGGCCCGACCCAGAGGGCCUGCUUUGUCCCAGCGCCGGUCUGGCCCCAUAGCCGGUGGCCUCUGCCGUGUGUUUCUUCCCAGUUGGAACCCUCUGGAAAGGUCUCCUGUCUCCACUAAAGCUAGACACGCCCCCGGACUGCUGAGAGAGUUCCAGGCAGCACUCUGCUCACAGUGGAAAAUGGCUUCUUAUAUAAAUUUUUAUUCCUUUUCAUUAAAACUUUACCUUUUUAAAGCAAAACAAGCCCUCUUCCUGCCUAGGUCAGAUUUGGCUAUCUUUGCAGCUUAUUCCCCCAUUUCCCCCUCGGAUGCCUGCGACUGUCAGGUGUCUAAGGGAGGUCUGAACGAAGCAGACGUGCAAGGAGGCCGGGGCUUUGGUUCGCAGCAGGCAGACACCUGUCCCAGUUGGCUCGGGCCACUUGUGAGGACAAAAGCCAGAGCUCUGCUUUGUCCCUCUCCCAGGGCUGGGAGUCGACGGUUUUCUGUGCAACGCCCAAAACUUGGAGAGGGAUGUGCUGUAACCGGAGCGUGUGACUUCUCAGCUUCCUGCGUAAGCUCCUGCCAGCCCAGUGGGCAGGGAGAGGGCCAGCGAAUGGGACCCUCUUGAUCUGACCGCGUAACGUGCAGAUGACAUUGUGCGACCUUCAAGUGCGUGGACACGGAGUUUGCCAGAGACUGCUGGCGCAGGAGAGGUGCGUUUGAAGGGGCCGCACCUUAACCAAAGAUGCCGCGGCACAGCACCCUGCCCUCCCCACUCGCGUGCCACCUGGUUGCACAGCGGCCGACAGGCGGGUCAGCACAGGAGGACACGGUCCCCCUCGCUCUGCCUCCACAUGUGGAAGGUGAGGACGGACACGAGGUUUAUCACAGAUUACUAACAGGAAAGACGCAUCAAGAGACACUGCAGGGCGGUUUCUUCGGGAGCCAUUUCCCACUGACCAGUCCUGGACAAAGGCCACGGGGAACUGUGCUCCACCCGUGAAGCUCACGAGCAGAUCUUCGGGCUCUGACCCAGCCAGAGCGCCUGUGUCUUCAGGGACGGUGUUUACAGUCCCAAGGUUGUCCCGCCAUCUUUCUUUCUCCUCUGUGUGAUCAUCUGAGACUCCUAGUUACAUCAGCGAACGGGUAUUGGUGCCUCUUCACGGAGAAACUUUUCAAAGAGAAGAGCCGCCUCUUAUGCAUAGGAUAUGUAUUUUGUGUGUAUGCGCGCAUUUAGCUGAAACUACGAGAGUUAGGAAGUAAAUCUGUUCUGAUCUUUUUUUCUGUAGCAGCUCGUGUAUACGGAGACACUAAAACCCACACCAGGUUCUGUGGGCAAUGAGGAUCCUUGUUUUCUCUCCAGUGGCCCCGCGGGCUCCGCAGUUGAGUUCAGUGUUCUUUAUGCUGUGAGCUCCUUCCACCUCAGUGGCGACAGCCUUUGGGACCGUGGGUAUUGCAAAAACCAAGAACUCUUGGUUAUCCGCACAAGACAAGCUGCUGGUCGACUACGUUAGCCCUCGGGUUUUCCAGCUCAACCUCUGAUAAAGUGGACUGACAGCCACGCUGGCCCCGCUGUGCGGUCAGCCAACUCAGGUUAUUUUCAGGGAAGGUAUGGAGGCAUGGUUUGGUUAGUUUCAUCACUAGGACGUGUAAGGUAAAGACACAAACCAAAUACCUUUCAUUGCGUAGCUCUGUGUACAUGAUCCUUGGUGACACUAGAGUGCCGUGGUCUCGGGAGGCUGUUCUAGCGAGGAACACCCGGCAGGGCUGGUGUUCCCCAAGCCUCUCCCGCCUGGCGGGCUUCAAGUGGUACGCUAGUGUUUACCAUGAGCAGGUACAAGCUCCAUGAACUUUUCUUACUGAACUCGAAUUGAAUAGAUACCAAAAAUAGAAUGACAAGCGUAUUUUAAUAGCAGGAGAGGCAGUUAGUCUUAGGGUGAAUUUCCCACUGUUGAUUUUACUUCAAGACAUAAGCAAGAGAAAGUUUUGUUUUUUUGAGACAUUUUCCCACUGCGGUUCUAGACUGUCGUGGGCACAUGCUUCACUGACUUCCUAAGAGGCACAGGCAGCUGGCAUUGGCUUCUGCCGCACGCUGUGUCUCACGGUGUGGGUGAGGACCUGCACUCUGUCUGUCUGUCUGUUUUCCAGCCAUCACCUGACCACCUCCAGCAAGGCCAAUGUGGGGUUCACUAAGAGUUAGUGCCUGAUCUUUUCUUUUGGGAAGGGGUGGGAGUGAAUGUAUCCGGGAUGGGAGGGAAGCAGAAGAAACUGGGAGCGUGAGUGAGUGUGCCUGUGUCUGAAGUUCACCGUGACCCCCACUUGUGUCGCGCCCAGCACAGGGGUUGAGUAUAUUUUGCCAUGACUGCGUGUGCAUGUAUUUUUUUCCUCCUCCGUGUUUUUUACACUCACACUAAAAGGAUUCAUCCAAUCAUCUUGUUCAGAUGGCUCAGGAUUGUAUUUCUUUGGCUUACCCUGUGCUCUUGGGUUCGAUAAUAUUUCUAUAAUUAUGUAAUAAGAAUAGUGUUGCACUGUAAUCUAUCAUAUAGAGCUAUAUGUAUGGAAAAUUUUGAUCAGUUUUUUAAGAAAUGUAUCCUGUUUGCAAAGGCACAAUAAAGUUGCAUCUUAUAGACUAUAGGCAAUAAAGCUAACAAUAAACCUUAUUUAACACAGA